AUGGCUGAAUCAACUGUAUACAAGAUGAAAGGGAUUGCAAUGGGGAUGAUACAAGGUGGACAUGAUGAUUUAUAUAGCAAGUUUAUUGAUUACUGCUAUCUUUUAAAGGAGAGGAAUCUUGAAUCAGUUGCUUUUUGUACAUGGAAAGUAUUGCAACAGCCUGAGAAGCCUUUGCAGUUCAAGUCUAUAUUCAUCAGCUUUGCAUCAAAAUUUAGAGGUCUUGUGCAAGGGUGUAGGGGUUUGGUUGGUGUUGAUGGGUUCCACUUGAAGGGGAACUAUGAAGGAGUGUUGCUGUUUGUUGUCUCCAUUGAUGCCAACAAUGAGAUCUUCCUUGUUGUUGCAAUGGUGGACUUAGAGAACAAGUCUAGUUGGUGCUGGUUUUUCCACCAUUUGAAGACUAUCAUCACUGAAACUGGAAGAGAGGACUGGACCAUAAUGUCAGAUAGACAAAAGGGUAUUGACCCUUCACUGGAUCGAGUUUGGCCCAAGGUACCUAUGAGGUAUUGUGCAAGGCAUCUUUGCAAGAAUUUUAAGUCAGAGUACCCAGUGAUGCUGAUGCAUAAGGUGUUUUGGUCAGUCACAAAUGUCUUUGCUGAGUUCAGCUUCAGGAAGGCAAUCACCAAGCUUCACGCACUUGUUGGUUUAGGUGCUGUGAAGUGGUUCAAAGAGAUAGGGCCACUAGUAAGAUGGACAAAUGGAGGUGUGAGAAGGAUAGCUAUGGUGAGGCAUGCUACAAGGCAACAAAGAAGUGAGGAAAGGGUUGAAGGUCUUUGCCCUAACAUAAGGGAGAGGGUUAGGGAUCUUAUCAAGGAAUCCAGAUCUUGCCAUGCUUACCCAGCUGGGAGAGGAGAGCAUGGAAUGAGGGCUCUGUUGCAUGCUGGAAAGGAACCAACUGACUAUGUCAAUGAAUGGUACUCAGUGGCUAGGUACAAGGCCACUUACAAUGGCAACAUUUUACCUCUUCUAGAUAAAGAGCAAUGGCCAAAGUUGGAUAACCCAAAACUAUUGCCACCACCAAUCAAGAGGAGUGUAGGCAGACCCUCUAGGAAUAGAAGAAGAGAAUAG